AUGUUAACUGUGCCGAAGGGAAAUUCAAUUCGUCCACACUUAAAACGCAACAAAACCGGCAAGAACCCCCUGAGACCGGUUGUCAUUGAAGAGAAAUGCGUCAGCAGCAGCGUUGACACUGGCGAAUCUAUCGAUUUCAAUACAACAACCGACGACGACCCAUUUACAGCACUUAACACAUACCUCGGCGAUUUCAUGGCUACCCAAGAAGAAGAACAAAUCCCACAAGUAUUCACGAAGACGAUAAUUCAUAAAGGAAAAGAUAUUGUGGCGGCACGGGAAAAAUUUGACGAAGAAGAAACAGAAGCGGUUUUAGCACCAAAGAAAACAACAAAAACCCCGGCAAAGAAACGAAAACGCGAAUGCGGUAUCCAACCACCGAUCAGCAACUCGUUUGCAUGGACGAGGAUUUUAACGACUUGCAAGCCCUACAGCUAA